AUGUUGCGACUUGUGCCCGGGGAAGUGCAGAUUGAUCGUGUAGAUAUGGUUGAGGAUACGAAAGGAAACAAGGGCGAUAGAGGCGUGAUGCGAGUAACGAACUUGAGGCUUAUUUGGUACGCCAGUUCGAUGCCGCGAAUAAAUCUCUCUAUCGGAUACAAUAAUAUUACAGGACUUCAAAGUCGAGAAGUUAUAUCAAGAAUUCGUGGUAUCGAAGUUGAAGCUCUCUACGUAAUGGCACGUGCUCCGAAUUUUUCGACAAAAUUCGAGUUUAUUUUCACUGCUAUGACCAGUGGAAUGCAUUCGAAGCUUUUCAACACUGUCAAUUCUGUACAUCGCGCCUAUGAAACAACCAAACUGUACCGCGAAUUGAAAAUGAGAGGAUCAAUAGUGGAUGAAAGACACAAUCUAAAGUUGUUGCCUCUUGAACAACUAAUUGAGAAUGUUAGUGGCGUGUGGAAUCUUAGCAGCGACCAGGGCACAUUGGGCUGCUUCGUUAUCACGAAUGUUCGGCUGGUUUGGUUUGCAAGCACAAAUCCUCUCUACAAUGUUUCAGUGCCUUAUCUGCAACUUUAUUCCUGCAGAAUAAGAGAAUCGAAGUUCGGUUUGGCUCUUGUCGUCGAAACUUCUCCGCAGAGUGGAGAAUACGUUUUGGGAUUUCGUAUUGAUCCUGCAGAGCGUCUCCAGCAGGUGUGCACAGCCAUUCAGGCUCUUCACAAAGCUGCGAAUAUACAGCCUAUCUUUGGCGUGACCUUUUCGAAGGAUAAGCCUCCUUCUCCUCGAGAGUCAAAUGCGGAAACAAUGAAUGAAACGGAAGAGGAGGAAGAGGAACAGAAAGAGUUAAGAACGGACGCAUUCGCCGCCUACUUCUCCGAUGGUAACGUGCACUCCGACGAACGACGUCCACCAGUGUUUAGUGAAGAACUGGGCUUAGCCAUUGAACAGCUAAAACCAGGAUUUACCCUUGCUGAUCUGUGGAAUAUCUACAUUGAUUGA